AUGGACUGGUUAUACCUCUUCGCUCAACGGCCCUUGUUGGGGGUCGUCGCCCUCGGCGCGGUGGUCCUCGUCACAGUCUGGCAAGUGAAUCAAUAUGUCCGGGCUCGAAGAUACAAGCUACCGCCGCGGAUCCCGGGCCUACCGAUUGUGGGAAACACGUUCCAACUUCCGCCGCUGAAGCAGGGGGUAUGGGCGAUGCAGAUGGCCAAGCAAUACGGCGAGAUGUUCACAUGCAGCAUCGGGGGCAAGACGUGGGUGUUUCUGAACUCGUCGCGCACGGUCAACGACCUGAUGGAGAAGCGGUCGGCCAUCUACUCGUCGCGGUCGUACAUGCCGAUGGCGUCGGGGAUCCUGUCGGGCGACAACCGCGUGCUGCUCAUGCCGUACGGCGAGCGCUGGCGCAUGAUCCGGCGCAUCAUGCACCUGAUCCUCAACAAGCAGAACAUGCCCGUGUUUGCGCCGUUUCAGGACGUCGAGUCCCGCCACCUGCUGUACGACUUCCUGCAUCACCCGGAGUUGUGGUAUUCCGCCACCCAGCGGUUCGCCAACUCGGUCAUCAUGAGCGUCGUGUUCGGCAAGCGCAUGGAGCUGGAAGAUCCCAACAUCCGCGAGCUCUUCGAGACGUCCAAUGCCAUCAUCGAGGCGAUCCAGCCGUCGGCGAAUCUCGUCGACUCGUUGACGUUCCUGGAGAAGCUCCCGAAGCCGUUGCAAUGGUGGAGGCCGCGCGGCGAGGCCAUGUUCCGGAAGACGGUCAGCCUGUACAAGCGGGAAGUGGACGAGGUGGAGCUCAAGAUGAAGAACGGAACCGCUAGGGAUUGUUUCGCGACCAGGUUUCUGAAGAACCCCGAGACGAAGAGCUACGGUCAGACGCAAACGUAUUUUGCGCUCGGCUCGCUCAUGGAGGCUGGGAGUGACACGUCGCGCAUGACGAUCAGUCAGGUCAUGGCAGCGGCAGUGCUCGACCAGCGGUGGGUGGUCACGGCAAGAGAAGCGCUCGACAAAGUCUGUGGAAAGAAUGCGGAACGGCUGCCCACGUUCGACGACCGCAUCGACCUGCCUUACAUCACGGCGACGGUCAAGGAAGCAUUCCGCUGGCGACCGUUUGCGGAAAUCGGCGUUCCUCAUCUGCUCAUCCAGGACGACGAGUACGAAGGCUACAGGUUCCCGGCCGGAACAUUGUUCACGUGGAAUGCGACGGCGAUCGCGAUGGACCCGCGAGAAUACGAAGAGCCGGAACGGUUCUGGCCGGAGCGGUUCCUCAACGACGACCUUGACCACGUUCUCAAGGGACAUUGGAGUUUCGGGCCAGGUCGCCGCGUGUGCUCGGGGUACAACGUCGGAGAGACCAACGUCUGGAUUGUCGUCGCCCGGCUGCUGUACUGCUUCGACUUUGAAGGUGUGCCCGGAAAACCCUUCGAUUCGUUCCAGGUCAAUUGGGGGGAGCAUCGGUUUGCGCCGUUUGACGUCUCGAUCAAAGUCCGGAGCCCGCAACAUGCGGCCUUGAUAGAGAGGGAGGGCAGGACCGCGGUCGACACAAAGUACUGA